CGCUGGCAGUUUUUAUAAUAUAACGGGGACAUACGCACGCUUGUCCAAGAAAAAUGUUCUCGCCGCGAUUGUUUGCAUUUCUCGCGCUGGCGGCUUUUGCCGCUGCGUAUCCAGCAAGUGAUGAACCUAUUCCAAGGCCCAUUACAACGAUAAUGGAAACUGAUUUCGAAGAUGCAUCACCAUGGUUUAGAUUCCCGGCUUUCGGCAAUAUAUUCGCACCACUUACAAAACUAUUCUCGAGUUUCGCGGAUAUUGGUCCGAGAAUCGAAGCCGACGACGAUAAAUUCCGAGUAACCGUCAACGUCAAGGACUACAAGAAGGAGGAUUUAAAAGUUAAGGUUAAGAACGACUUCAUUUUCGUUCAAGGCGCACAUGAGGCGAAACAAGACGAACACGAUUUGUUUGCCAGCCAGUUCUUCCACACGUACAGCCUUCCAGAAAACGCAAGCGCAUCAGAUGUGACCGCUAAGCUAACUAGUGACGGAUUUUUAGUCGUUGACGCGCCUUUAAAUGGAAACGAUGAAAAGAGCAAGGAUAAAGUUGUCGAGAGGGAAGUACCAAUCGUUGAAAGCGGCGAACCUUUGCAAAAAGAUGACAAAAUUGAAAAGGUUGACAAUGCUAUUCCAGCCGUUGCUCCCGUCGAAAUCGAUGAAGUCCCGAAGAUAACCACGGAAUUGCCUACAACAUCAGCUGAUAUCGACGAUGAAAGGAAAGAGCUAACAACGCCAUCAGACCGUGAAGAAGUUACCGUUCGGGACAACAGUAUCCCAAGCAAUGAAGCGAAUGAGAUCAGCGGUGCAAACGAAAUCCAGCCAUAAAGUGAUAUUAUAGAUUAAGUAUGUAUUUAUAAAACAGUAUUGUAAUAAAUAUAUUUAAUACGAAA